AUGCAAAUCUCAAACAGUCGAACGAAAGCAGCAAAUUGCAGAAAAUGUGAAUUUUGCGAAACGGUACUUAAUACUCGAUUGGUAAACGCCUACAGCCAACACUGCCUGGAAGAGCACGAUCGGUCGCUCUUCACAUGUCCACAGUGUGGUGAUGUAUUCCAUCUGCAAACGCAUUUCAAAGAACAUCUGAUAGCAGACCACUCUCUUGACGAGGUGAACGAAUUCGUUACGCAAAACCUGUGGCGUGAGUUUGUUCAUAAUGGAGAGUUGAUGGCGGAAUGUCGCUAUUGUUAUCUAGUAUUUCGUACGCAAAACUCCUGCACUAGACACGAAAAGCUGCAUCUAAAGGAAUUGCAACAGAGGUGCUAUCAGGACGACGGGUUGAGCUCCAAAGUAAGUUACGGCCAUCCGAAACCAAGGUGCCCUCCGAAUAUGGAAAACUAUACACGAUAUUGCAACAUUUGCUAUCGGAUCGUGUCGAAGCGCAAUUUUCGGGAGCACAUGGCCUCCCACAAUUCGGUGCGGGAACACUCAUGUCCGGUUUGCAAGAAAACAUUCAAAGUUAGACGUACCGCCACCCGCCACAUCCAAACUCACGUCAAUGCGAGCAACCUUAAACGAAAGUGUUACGAGUGUGACGCCGUAUUGAGCAGUGAAAGCGACAUCCCUGAUCAUUACAGCUCGGAACAUCCCACGAUUUGCCCGUACCGGUGCCCUAUUUGUGGGGACGGUUUCAUGGAUAAACUGCCGCUUAAGAGACAUUGCCAUACACACACAGAUGCUGAUCGUCUGGAGGUUUCUCUCAAGCAGCCGCUGAUCAGCUACAAAAUCGAUCAUGCAUGCAUCUACGAGUGCACGGCUUGUUAUCGCAGUUUCAACACAAAACGUGCCACCAUAGCGCACUGGAUCGUGCACACGGACCGACCGUACAAGUGUCCUCAGUGCCAUGCGACCUUUCGGAUAGAAGACAAACUCGAGCAACAUACUAUGGAUGCCCACCAGCAGCAAGUAGAUGAAGUUGAGAGUCCUCUAUAGUGAAUAUUAUCU